GAGUAAAGUAAAGCACGACGUGUUCAAAAUCUUUUUAUUGAGGUUUUCAACAGUUUUCAGGUUUGGGCAGACAAAUACACAAUACACCACCAAAUGUCAUUUAAAUAAAGAGAAAAGGUCAUCACCUGGAGUAGGUUUAAUGCACCACAUCUUAAGAAAGAUUAAAGAUGAAGCUCUUUAAACACACUUUGGAAAUAUCCAAAGAUAUUCACGGAUUCACCGCAGUAGUUCCGCUAUUAAGAACAAUCUGUGGUGACUUCCUGUCCCGCAGUGCGUGCGUGCAGCCACCAUGAACCUCCAGGACAAUCUGAACAGCAGAAAAGUUCGCCCCUACGUCACAGGGGCGAGUGGGGGGGGGUCAAGCCAGCCUGGGCAACCAGCGAGGCUUCUCACACGUUCACGGUUCAAGACGGAAACCAGAAAGAUGGCGCGAUUCUCAUCGACUCCUAUUUUCUUAUUUGUCUUAGUAGGACUGUGGGGCCGUGGAGAAAAUCUGCACCUAAUUGUGGGCGAUCCGGUUCAGUUUCCUGACAAGUGUGUGCCAGGCGAGUCGGCUGAACUUUACCGUGUGGAGCCCGAGGGAGUCCGGCCGGUGGCUCAACGUGAGCAGGGUGUUUGUAAACCGGUCGACGAUUACAAAGACAGGAUGAAUGAAAACUCUUGCUUUGCCUUCAGCCGCUCACUUUUCUCCGAUGCCGGACUUUACGAGAUAAGCUGCGGCGGCCAAACGCAUCGGGUCCAGCUGGAUGUGGUGUUCGGCUCUGAGGUAUCCGUCACUGAAGGAGAGCCGCUCACAGUGCCGUGCUACAAGACCUGCAAACAGGUGGACUUUGUGCUGUGGGAGAAACAUGGACGAGUGGUGGUGAAUCACAGUCUGGCUACAGGACGGACCACAUACGGAACCGGCUUCGAGGGGAACGUGCGGCUGGCACCUGGUGGCGUUAAAGAAGGUAACUGGUCCCUGAUGUUCGCUCGGGCUCGCCUGGAGGAUGAAGGCGAUUACUUUUGCUCUUUCCUCAAGGGGGGCGUGACAGAAGACAGGGGGGACCCUGCAGCCGCGAGGGUCAAGGUGACCAAGAGAGACCGGGGACAGGAGACCAGCCGCCUAACGCCGGAUACGACACAUCGCGUCACCGACGGGAGUAAAGAUGGUUUGAUUGCUGCCGUCGCCACAUUAGCUGUGGGGCUUCUUUUUCUUCUUCUUUUUUAAGCUAUUGUAUGGCUUUGUUGAAAGCUCCUCUGCAGGCAGGGAGGCGGGGGGCCUUCAGUAGCGGGCCUUUCUGGCUGCUGGUGCAAGAUGGCUGGAUAAAAGGUUACUGUCGGUCAUAUGACAGAAAUGACGUCCGUAUCGCUAUGCAGAGAGCAGCUCUGAUGCCGAAUAGCUUCUGAUUUUUAUAUUUAUUCAAAAUUUUAGCAUUAAAGUAAGUUUGUACCCUCGUGCCCAACUCAUGAAAUGAUCAUUUUAACAGUCCUUCACCUCACAGUCAGGGGUCAUACUGCACAUGCUGACUUGUUACUGUACUUUAAGCUGUGAUACUGUGAGCCAAAGUGGACUGAAUGUGACUUUGUUAUUAAUAUGAAAUAUAUUGAUUGUGUGUCAAUAGUCUUUUUUCUGUUAUGAUUCACAUCAAGACUUGCUGCCUCAAUCUGAUGACACUUUUUUAUGACUUAAAGAUAAAUAAAUCUGUAAUAAAGAAAGAAAUGGGAAAAAUCUC